CUCCCGGCGGCGGCUCCGGAGCCGGGCGCGGCUGACGGCGGCCCGGGCGGGAUCAUGGCGGACGGCGUGGACCACAUCGACAUCUACGCCGAUGUGGGAGAGGAAUUCAACCAGGAAGCUGAAUAUGGUGGACAUGAUCAGAUUGAUUUGUAUGAUGAUGUAAUUUCUCCAUCUGCAAAUAAUGGAGAUGCUCCAGAAGAUCGUGAUUACAUGGAUUCUCUGCCACCAUCUGUUGGGGAUGAUGUAGGUAAAGGAGCUGCACCAAAUGUUGUCUAUACAUAUACUGGAAAGAGAAUUGCCUUGUACAUUGGAAAUCUUACUUGGUGGACAACAGAUGAAGACUUAACUGAAGCAGUUCAUUCACUGGGGGUAAAUGAUAUUUUGGAGAUAAAAUUUUUUGAAAAUCGUGCUAAUGGCCAGUCUAAAGGGUUUGCUCUGGUUGGUGUGGGGUCGGAAGCAUCCUCCAAAAAGUUGAUGGAUUUGUUGCCUAAAAGAGAAUUGCAUGGGCAGAAUCCCGUUGUAACUCCGUGUAAUAAGCAAUUUCUGAGUCAGUUUGAAAUGCAGUCAAGGAAAACCACACAAUCUGGCCAGAUGUCUGGGGAAGGUAAAGCUGGUCCCCCAGGAGGAAGCUCAAGAGCAGCAUUUCCACCUAGUAAUAGAGGGCGAGGUCGUUUUCCAGGUGCCAUUCCAGGUGGAGACAGAUUCCCUGGACCAGCAGGGCCAGGAGGGCCACCACCACCCUUCCCAGCUGGACAAACUCCCCCACGUCCACCUUUAGGUCCUCCUGGCCCGCCAGGCCCACCAGGUCCUCCACCUCCUGGUCAGGUCCUCCCACCUCCAUUAGCUGGACCUCCUAAUCGUGGUGACCGUCCACCACCACCAGUUCUGUUUCCAGGACAGCCUUUUGGUCAGCCUCCACUUGGGCCACUUCCUCCAGGCCCUCCACCACCAGUUCCAGGCUAUGGGCCACCACCAGGUCCGCCACCACCUCAGCAGGGUCCACCUCCACCUCCGGGUCCAUUUCCCCCUCGUCCGCCUGGCCCUCUUGGGCCGCCCCUAACUCUUGCUCCUCCUCCACAUCUCCCUGGGCCACCUCCAGGUGCUCCACCACCUGCACCACAUGUGAAUCCAGCUUUCUUCCCCCCACCUGCCAAUAGUGGCAUACCUACUUCAGACAGCCGUGGCCCACCUCCAACAGAUCCGUAUGGCCGACCUCCACCAUAUGACAGAGGUGACUAUGGGCCGCCUGGAAGGCGUUUCACUGGAAAUAACAUGUCCAUAAGAGAAAAAUUACAUAUUCCAUUCUAUGGGAGGCACACGAAAAAUAAUACUCAAAACUCAGGGAGAGAAAUGGAUGCUGCAAGGACACCUCUAAGCGAAGCAGAAUUUGAAGAAAUCAUGAAUAGAAAUAGGGCGAUCUCAAGCAGUGCCAUUUCGAGAGCUGUAUCAGAUGCCAGUGCUGGUGACUAUGGAAGUGCUAUAGAGACCUUGGUAACUGCAAUUUCCUUAAUUAAACAGUCCAAAGUAUCUGCGGAUGAUCGCUGUAAAGUACUUAUUAGCUCUCUUCAGGACUGCCUUCAUGGAAUUGAGUCCAAGUCUUAUGGUUCUGGAUCCAGAAGACGUGAGCGAUCCAGAGAGAGGGACCAUAGCAGGUCACGAGAAAAAAGUAGGCGCCACAAAUCGCGCAGUAGAGAUCGUCAUGAUGACUAUUAUCGGGAAAGAAGCCGUGAAAGAGAGAGGCAUCGUGAUCGUGACAGAGAUCGUGACAGAGAACGAGACAGAGAGAGAGAGUAUCGCCAUCGUUAAAGAAGCUGAAGGAAGAGGAACAGCGUGCAAGACAAGAUACAUUCUUCAAGGAAAGAUGCUUGUCCAGCAGUUUGCUUCAUGUGAUUGAACUGAGCCUGUAAGGAUUCAUGGAUAAAAUGAACAGGAAUAGAUCUGAAUAAAGCAAAUCUGCAUACAUGGUAACCAGUAGCUCUUUUACUUUUUUAUGUUGCUUAACUGUUUUAUUUGAGGGAAACCUGUGUGAUUUAAACCUUAUAGCUUUUGCAACUUUAUUACUGGUUAUAUACAUUUGGCAAUUAUAAUGUGCAAGCAAUUGGAAAAAGUCAAGUAAAUGCUUGUUUUUAUAGUAGUUUGUUCAUGUUAAACUGUUCAUAUGAUAAUGUCUGUACACAGCACCACUUUGAUUACAGUAGAUGUAGUGUUGUAAUAAACUGUUUAAUGGGGCUGAUGUGUAAAGCUGUUCAAGUUAUUUGAUGUUUACACCUCAGGGAAAGUCUUGUGUUCAGCAAUAUUUAAAGAUAAUGUUACAAUGAAAACAUUGAUGCUGUCUAAAAACAUCGCAAUAGUUCUUGCAUAUGCCUCAACCUAAUCUUGCAUUCAGUGAGUUAAACAUACUAAUGUUGCUCUCACACAUUCGAUUUUGAUAUGAAAAUAGGUGGUUGCAUAAAACCUUUAAUGCUAUUUUGCUUUCUAGCAGUGUUUACCUAGGUGGCUUGUGAAUUUGCUAAUUGGCAUAUAAAACUGUAAAAACUGCAGUUCUUUGUCGUCGGUUGUUUUCAGGAGAGGUGGUCCCAGGUCUGUGAUUUUAGCAUGCUGAAAACUUUUUCUCAUACAGCCUUGAUCCUGAUUGACGUUACAGUUAUAUAAACUGUUCAUAUGAACUUAAACUGUCCAUAAUAAGGGGUGGAAAGGUUAGCUUUAAAAAACAAAAAAAAACAAAAAAAAAAAAAACCAAACAAACAAACAAAAAAAAACAAAACAAAACUCUGCAGUUGUUUACAGUUUUAUAGUAAUAGUGCUUGUGUGUGUUCCCCCUCCACCCCCAAGGCGUAGCAGUGUGUACAUAGUUGUAUAUUAGAAAUGUGCCGGAAGAAACCAGAUGUUCCCAUUUUUUCAGACUUGAUGGGUUUCGUAUUUUCUUAAUACUUCAGAAUUUAUUCACACAUGCAUAUAAAAGAGAAGGUACACUUGUAUGUCCUUGUUCAGUGAUGGGCAAUAUUUAAAUGUCUUAGCAAAAAGUGGCGCUCAUUAAAUCUGUCAGAUGAGGUUUUGUAAAUUUACCUAAAAACAAAUUAUUGGAGCUCACAGUGAAAGUUGAUUUUGAAUUAUAAGAAUUUGUUUUAAAUUUCAUUAAGUGUGAAAUGCAAGUGAAUAGAAAGUUCAUAUAAGUUGCAAAAACUUAGUUUCUGGCAGCCUUGCACAAAGGCUCCUUUUUACUCUAUUGAAAUUGUUAUGUAACGGAUUUAUUUUUGGAGUUUUCACUUACUCAAAUAGCUGCAGUUAAUGUUUUAAGUUAAGUUUCAAGACCUCAGAUGGCUUUAUGAGGCAACUCUUAGACAACUCCUGAUUUCUUUUUUUUUUUUUUUUUUGCCAAUUUUGAAGAUUUUACAGCCAACCUAAAAUGUUACCUUGUUCAGGAAAGCACUUAAGUCCAUUUGGUUUUCCAGAGCAUGUAAAGCAUGUGCUUACAUUCCAUAUAUUUCAAGGAGUGUAAACAUAUGCUUUAAGUACCUUAUUUGCAUACGUGAGUGAUUUUUAUUGCUUUACUGAGUUGGGACCAGUAGCCUUUGCAACCGCAAAAGUUUUGCAUAAGUCUGACAUGCUCUAAUUUUUGUCACCUACCACUCAGCCAGGUUUCCUGCAGCCAGGUUGAUGCUGUUGGACUUGGCUACAGCUUCAGACUCUCCUCCCCGCCCCCCCCUCCCCCCUUUCCCUUAAAUCGUGUACCUCAGUUCCUCAUGCAUGGGAUCACUGGUGUUUAUUGAACUCUUUGCUACUGAGAAGAUAUUUGACAUGUUUGUUUAAUCCUGUUUGCAAAUGAAGGCUGCCUUUUAAAAUUUUGUAAAACUGAAAGUUGUAUCAAACAAGUCGUGACUCAUUUCCUGCUUUUUGUGAAUAGGUGUUGGUUACAAAAAACAGCACUGUUGUAAUUCUUUUUUUCUUUACUUAAAAACAUUGUUUACUGCUGUGUAUAAUAAGUUUAAGGAAGAAAUAACCUGCCUGUAGCUGUUACAUGGGGAAUAGCUAAUACUGGAGAGGCAGCAGGUAAGUAAUGUUCCGUUGCAUAGAUCUAUUAAAUCUUAAAAUAAAAAAGUAAAUUUACAAGCAUAUUAUGCAGGAACUGAUAUUUUACUCCACACUGAAAUAGAUUUAAGGAGACUAUUGCUCUUUUUACACAAAGUGUAAUUUCUCACUCACAUACAGAUUUCCAUUGCUGGCAAUGGAAGUAUCAGGGAGGGAAUAGCAGGGGGAAAAUAACAUAAGUAAAGCUUGAGCGAUCAUUGUGAUUUGAGAGAUGAAGUCCCCAUAUGAAGCCCUUUAUUUCUGCCUGUUCUCCGAAUACUUAGUUUUAACUGAUAGAUGUACUGUGUUGCAAUUUAGAUAAUACUCUCUUGUUGUUGCGAGUUUCAUUUGUUAGAUUUUUUGAAAAUGAAACAAAAAAAAUGUAUAGAAAAAAUCCAAAGACCCUGAUAGACACCAAAAAGGAAUAUGUCUAAUGCACAUCAUGUAUAACUGGAUCUGUAAUAGAAUUUUUACCAGGUUUUGGUUUAUUAAAUGUUACUGGCAAUUUCCUGUGCACUCUUGGGAAAUAGCAGUUCGGUAACUUCCCUGACUGGUGAUGAUGCCAUGGUGGCUACUGCUGUGCUCUUUGAUAUUCAUCCAAUUGUAUUUCAUCUCCUUUUGCUGAUGAAAAGACAAAAUAGUCUGUGAGGAAAUACUUUAUUUCUUUCAAAUAUUGAUUUUUACAAGUAACAUUGAAAACAACAUCUUAAGGCUGUGUCCUUUAUCUUGAAAGACAAAACCAACAAGUAGUGACUAUGGGGUGGCAGUGCUUUAGCAACAGCAGUUGUUCUGCUGGAGGUUUGUUUUUUAGAAGUAGAAGGUUUUUUAAAGUAAAAUUUCUACUGGACUAUACGUUUUGACAGGUCAAAAAUACUUCUUAGAAGAAGAACUUAGCAUUUUGGAAACUGUACAGUCUUUUUCCUCAUUCCCUUUUUGCUUUCUGUGCCAAGAAUUUUAGUUCUGAUUGCAUUUUGAAAAAAGUUUGUCAGAACUUCUGCAAAUUUUUAUUUACAGUGUGGCCUAUAAGCUUGGAUAGCUGUUGUUUUUGUGUUAAACAAGGUAUAUUAUUAAAUUUAGGCAUUAGCUUGACUUCUUUUUUUUGUUAAGGAGUGAGUGUAUUCUAUUUUUGUUCAUUUUAAAUUGGCGAGGCUUAGUUUUUCUAACUGUAUUUUUUUACCUGAUUGUUUAGUUGCAUACCCAAACCCGUGUAAAUGUUUUCCUAGUUGUAUGUGGAUAAUUGGAGAUUUAAAUGUUGUAUAUACUUGUCAUCUGUGUUUCUAGUAAAAAUACAUGGCAUUCUUUAUAGAAA